AUGUACAAAGAAAUAAUUUUAAUUCUUAUUUUAAAAAUAACAAUAAUCAAUUGUUAUGCAUUUCAAUCAUCAAUUGAUAAUUUACUUUAUAUAAAAAAUACUUCAACAUUAUUUGCAAUAUCUUCGUCACAUUUAUAUCAAUUACAUUGGUCAACAACAAAUCAAACUUUGUUAUUAUUACAUCGUCGUGUACAACUUCAUUCAACAAUUGAUAAUACAGAAUAUGGUGUUAGUGUUUUUGUUUACGAUCAAGUUAAACAAUUAUUAAUUAUAUGUGCACGUUCAAUUAUUGGUCGUUGUAUAUUAUAUGAUGCAAAUGAUAUAAGUCGAACAUAUUUACUUGAAUCAUCCAUUGAAACAAAUUAUCUUGGUUGUUUAUCUGGUUGUUAUACAUUUAUGUCAUCAAAUAUAAUUCGUUCAGCAUUAAAUGGAAAUCGUCUUGAACAUAAUGGAAAUAUAAUUAAUUCUAAAAUUGAAUUAAGACAAGAUUUACUUAAUUAUAAUAUAAAAUAUGAAUUAGAAUCAAGUGAUAAUACAUUAAUAACAUCAUUAACAUUUUUACCUGAACGUUUAAUAAAUAAAUAUAAUUAUGAAUAUAUUUAUGGUUUUGAUUAUCAACAAUAUACAUAUUAUAUAUUAAAAUCUUCACGUAUUGCACGUUUAUGUCAAUCAUCAAUAGCUAUGCGUGUUACAUAUGAUGAAAUACCAUUAUUAAAUUGUAAUAAUGAUAAAAAUUCAUCGAUUAUAACAGGAGCUUAUUAUUCAUUAGAUAAAAUGAAUCAUUUAUAUAUUUUAUUUGAUAAUAUUGUUUGUAUUUAUACAAUGAAUGAAAUUAUACGUGCAUUUAAAGAAUCGAAAGCUCAAUGUCAAUCAGGAAAUGGUUAUCGUCUUUCUCAUAUUGUUGAUAGUGUUGAUUUAAGACCAACAUGUGAAAAAACAUUAGAUCAAAAUUUAACUGAAAUAAAUGAAUGUACAUGGCAAGCAUAUCGAACAAAUACUUAUAUGGAUGGAAUUAUUGGUGCUAAUGGAGAAAAGAUUUAUGAAACUAUGACAAAGAAUGUUAAGAUUCGAUUUAUUUUUGCUCAAGAUGAUAUUGUUAUUCUUAGUACAAAUGAAAGACGAAUUUUAAAAUUUAUUCGGUCUAAUCAAACAACACUUUAUCUCUUACAUGAAGCAAUCUAUCAAAGCGAACCAUUCAAUAGUCAAUAUGUUAUUGAUUAUGAACAUGAAUCAUUGAUUUUUGCUGUUGCUUCUGAACUUCAUCGUUAUGCAUAUAAUUCUUGUUCAAUUUAUGAUACAUGUCGAUCAUGUAUCGGUAGUCGACGUUAUGAUAGUAAAUCAUGUAUAUGGUUCGAUGGUAAAUGUUCAUUAACAUCGAAUCCAUUGAUACUAAAUCGUGGAUGUCCACCAUCAAUUGAUCAAGUAAAACCAACAAAUAUAAGUGUUAAUACAGAACGAAUUUCAUUGAAAAUAACAGGUAUAUUUGAAAAUGUUCAAGCACAUUUAGCUAAGGUUACAAUUAAAUAUCCUUUAUCAAAUCAAAAUGAAUCUGUAUGUACUAUUAAAACCAUUAAAAAUGACAGUUUAAUAUGUGAUUUAAUUGUUCCGAAACAAACUAGUCAAGGAAUGGUUUCAAUUUAUGUCAAAUCUGAACAUUCAUUAGCUAUUGGUGAUACGGAUAUAUCUGGCACAGUUGAAUUAACAGAAAAAUUGAAUAUUUAUAUACCAAAACCAAUUUUGGUACCUAAUUUUGGUCCAGCUGCUGGCGGAACCAAAAUUCGAAUACAAAAUUUAGCUUUUGACAAUAGUUUAGAUUUAUUUUCAAUAAUGAAGAUCUUUUUGGGAAGAAAACAAUGCCAUAUAACUGAAAUAACGACUGAUGCAAUUGAAUGUAUCAAUGAAGCUUGUACUAAUAAUCUUGAAAAAUUAGAAUUACGUAUUCAAGUUCAUGAUUAUGUAUGGCAAUUACAAAAAACAUAUUUUCAUUGUCGAAGCGAUCCCAUGGUAUUUGAUUGGUCUCCAAAAAAAUCAAUUCUAAGUGGUGGUAUUAAAUUAACUAUUACUGGUGAAUAUUUAGAUGUCGUACAAAUUCCAAUGAUGAAGUUUGUCUAUAAUCUUUCAGAUUUUGAAUUUAUUUCAUUAUGUGAAUCAAUUUCAAAUUCACAAAUGAUUUGUUUAUCACCUACAAUUGAUAAAAAUCUUGGUUUAAGUCCACCUAUUGAUCUUGAUGUCACAUUUUAUAUGGAUAAUAUUAAAAUAAUACCAGACAAUAAUGUUUUAACAAUUGUUAAUGAUCCUAUUUAUUAUCCAUUUGAAAAUUAUAUUCAAGAAAUAAAUUCAACACAUAUUAUUAAGUUUCAAGGUUCUAAUCUUGCUGCAACACAUUCAAUGGAUCUUAUUAAUAUACGAAUCGAUAAUAUUAACAAUGCUUGUAUCCCAUUUAACUUCACGAAUACAUAUCUUAUGUGUAGAUUAUCAAAACUAGCUUUGAAAAAUAUUCAAGAUUCUGAAGCAAAUAUUGAUAUUCAAAUUGGAACAAAUUUAACAUUUUUAAUUGGUAAAAUUCUAUUUCAAAAUAAUACGUCUUCAUCAACAACAUUAUUGACUGUUCCAUAUUUAACAAGACAAAUUGGUUCUUGGACAAUUAUUAUAUUAACAAUCUUAACAUCGAUAACAAUUUUAACUCUACUUUUUCUCUUAGUUAUAUUUAUUCGUCGUCGUUUUUUUCAAUCAUCAGAAAAAUAUCAUAAACAAAAUAAACCACCACAAUAUUAUCAAGAUGUUUGGUGUGAAUUAGGAAAAAAAUGGCAAAUUAAUUCGAAAUAUUUAACUGUUGCAGAAAAAAUUGGUCAAGGAUGUUUUGGUGAUGUAUAUCGAGGUGAAUUAAAACAGAAUGAUAAUAAAUCAAUUGAUGUUGCUAUAAAAGUUUUACGUGAUCAAAAUGUUGCAUCAAUGCAUGAAUUUUUAUUUGAAGCAAAUCGUAUGAAAGAUUUUUCACAUUCAAAUGUUCUCUCAUUAAUUGGUGUUGUAUGGGAUCCAAUACGUAAAGCUAUGGUAUUAUUACCAUAUAUGAAAAAUGGUGAUUUAAGAAGUUAUAUAUCCAAUGAAAAAAAUCGACCCACUGUAAGACAAUUAAUAACAUGGGGAAUUCAAGUUGCUGAUGGAAUGGAAUAUUUAUCUUCAUUAAAAUUUAUUCAUCGAGAUUUAGCAACACGAAAUUGUAUGUUAGAUGAAAAUCUAAUAUGUCGAAUAUCAGAUUUUGGUCUUAGUCGAGAUAUUAUCGAUCGAGAUUAUUAUCUUGUACCAAGAACAACAACAAAAGAAAAAGAUGGACAAGCUAUUCAAAUACCACCAAGACGUUUACCUAUUCGAUGGCUUAGUCCAGAAUCAAUUGAAUCAUCGAAAUAUACCGUUCAAUCUGAUGUGUGGUCUUAUGGUAUUCUUCUCUGGGAAUUAUUAAGUCGUGGUAAAACACCCUAUCCAGGUAUUGAUAAUGCUGAUAUAUUUACUUAUAUUAAAAAUGGUUAUCGUCUUCCUCAACCUACAUAUUGUCCACCAUUACUCUAUAAAUCAGCAAUGCUUGUUUGUUGGAAUGCUGAUUCAAAUCAACGUCCAUCAUUUACACAACUUGCUCAAGAUAUUCGUCAAAUACUUCUACAAUUGGAAAUUGAACAACAAAAACAAUACAUACGUCCUCAACAAUCAUCAUCAGCUGAUGAUGAUACAAUUAUUGUUGAAAGAUAUCCAGGUGAUCGAAAAAUAAAACGAUUAUCAACAACAUCAAUGUCAUCAUCUGGUAGUAUUGGUGGACAAUAUAUAACUACACCUCAUCGUCAAUCAGAAAAUGUACAAUUAUUAUUUGAUCGUGGUGGAGAUGAAGAAGAUGCAUAUGCUGUAGCAGUUAAUUCAAGUCCUGAUAUUUUUAGUACAACAAGAUUAUUACCUAAAUAUACAGAAACAAGCAUUACUGAAGAUGUUUAA